AUGUUUCUCAUACAUACUGAUACUGUUAGGUUGUUCAACAGAACUUCACGUAAUGUCCCUCCUUCACUGUCACAUUGCGAAUCACCAUUGACGGAGGGUGAGGGGACCCACCAUCUUCAUGGUCAUUUUGUAUUCCAUCCUUCUUUAUUUGAAUUCCACGCCCUUCACGGACCCUUUUCCGAUCCUCUUUCUAGUUGCCAUUGGCAUCCUCGUCUCCGGUGGCCGCCACCUGGAUUACCCUUCCAAGCUUCCAGGUUCUUCGAAGCAUUUGGUGGCGAUGAAUAUGAUGAGGGCACGAGGUGGGCCGUUUUAAUUGCCGGUUCCAAUGGCUACAGUAAUUGCAGGCAUCAGGUCACUCACCUCAACUUUUCAACACUUCUAUGUUUUGCCUUGAAAGAUGGUCACAUAGGGCCUAGCAAGAACCAUCUCUUCUUAUAUUUGAGUACAAAUCCUGCUAAUGAUAAAUCUACUUUCCUGGAGAAAAACUCAUUGGUGCAACCUUCAAAGGCAGUCGACCAAUGGGAUGCAGAUCUCAUGCAUUUCUGGGAUAAGAUAAGGUAUCGUACGCUGGAAGUAAGGUCUCACAGAAUUCCUGUAAACCACAACGUGAAACUUAUCGGAAAGCUCUUAUUGGGCAUUGAUACGGGUCCAGAACAGCUUUGCAGUGUGAGACCUGCUGGGUAA